GCUUGGUUUAGGAUUAUUAACAAUCUAUUUUGUGUGAAUUAGAUAAGAUUUAUACAAGUGUUUAUGUUAGGUUGUAGAAAAUUGUCAAUGAUUACAGAGAGAAUGACACAAUAUUUGUCGUUUAAUCACUAAAUUGCCGGUACAAAUAUCGUCUCAUCUACUUUGGUUACGACAACUAGAUAUUAUUACUAAUGCUCAUAAUUGGAGUGUUGCUUGAAGUUUCCAAAGAGAAUGAAAUUAAUCAUUGGUAUACAGUGGUCAAUGCAAUUUUACGAUUCAUGCUUAGAAAUAAAAAUUACAGUCAUGCAUUGUGUUGUAAUCUUAAAUAUUGUGUUACUAUGACACCAAGUCCAUGUUCACAAGGCAAGAAAUCGAAUGAAUCAUUGAGAAAAUCGGAUACAUCUACCAUGAGUACAAAAUCAAAUAAUCCCAUAACUUUACACGGUCGAACACUUGAUUUCCGAAUACGUCGUACACCUACCUACACAUACUGUUUUACGUAA